CUUGUGUCCGCCGCGGCACCAUGAGCGCUGAAUGCAGCAGCUACUACAGCACUGACGGCGUGUUCGUGGACGUUUUCUCCUGCCCCAAGCCGGGAAAUGCCGCUGCCGCCGUUUACUGUUGCGGAUUUAAUGAUAUGAAAUACUGCUGUGAUGAUCCCAACAGUUUCUUCCCGUAUGAUUACGGGUACAUGUGGUGGCUGAGUAUCGGUGCUCUGGUUGGACUGUCCAUUGCAGCUGUGGUCCUCCUUGCCUUUCUUAUCACCGUAUGUGUCCUCUGCUACCUCUUUAUCGCCACCAAACCCAGUCGCCUUGACAACGGCCUACCCCUCAGAGUGCCAGAAGGAGAUCCCAGCGAGGGAUCCAGCAAUGCGAGGGCGUCUGGUCCGCGGGGAUUCAGCAAACACUUCAAGAGCAGGAAGCUGGACUGUGAUAACCAGGCCCCAGACCCUGAGCGCCUGUUCCAGAGGUGUUUCACGGCUACAGUCACCAGCGUGAAAGUGGAGAGUCCCUCAUAGUCCGCUGAGACACUUCCCUUCCUUUCAAAGUGGGACCAGGAGAGCCAGUGAAUCUGGAGGCAGACUAAGCUGUCGGGGGGGCGGCUUUCACACCGGGAGGAACAGAAACUUGGCAUAAUGUGGUGGUUGAGUGGAGUAUAUAUAAAAUAACAUUAAAAAAGAACCGCUCUGAUGGCUGUGGACCACAUGAUCACACAUUAUGAAGGAUCUGAAAUCUGAUGACACGAGAAUGUAUAUAGAUGGCGCCAUUAAAGCCAAAGACUGGUUAACAAGUGAUCAAUCAUUAAGGCAAAUGCAAGGGCAACAACGGCUGUAGGUCGAGUGUUGUCGUUCAGCUUACAUUCAGGAUGUACAGUUUCACGUGCGUCGAGGAAAGAAACUGAGGAUGAUUCUGUCAAAAAAAAAAAACCUACAUAAAACAACAACAACAACAAAAACGACUGAGCCUGGACAACAGGUUUGUAAAGUCACGGUGCAUCCUUUGUAGUGACAUCUGAUGAUCUUACUCAGGGACGGGGGGAUCUGUGGGGAGCAUCUACAGUGUGAUGAGAGUUUCCUCAUGAGAAAAAAAUGACAGUGUCACUUGUUUUGUUCAAAUGAUUACAAUUACUUAAGUUUAUGUUUUCCUGAUAAACAAACUUGUGUUAUCAUCCAAGUAAUGACUGGAGUCCAGGGUGGAUGGUCGGGCAUGUCUGACUCCGACACUGGAGACCAACAACUGUCAACCUUUGUUUCUUUUUACCCAAAAAAAAAAAUGUUUCCCUGAUUAUGCUCAAGCACCAAUUCCCAUUUAGCUAAGACACCCAUUAACAUUGAAUCUUUGUUAUCAACAACACUAAAAAUAUAGCAUAUGUGGAGGAGGAUAAGGUAUCACUGUACACCUGCAGGAAUAUGAUUGGACGUUACCAGUCAGCUGCCACACAGAAUGAAACACGGAGACUAAGGCAUGAAUGAAACAGCUGAUAUUAGUCAAAUAAUGAAUUCAAGCGCAACUUAAGUGCUGAGCUAAAGGCCUGAACACUUUUAUUCGACCAACUCUAUCUGCGUAAAAACUGUCCCACAAAAGAGUGAUGGUUUGCUGAGUUAUGAGACAGACCUCGAUAUCACAAGUACAUCUUUUAAAUAUACUGUGAAAUGACUGAGCUAGCAACAAGUUAGCGAACAAGCUAACGAGUUUUCGGUCCGCUGACCGUUACCAAGCGAGAGCUUUAUUUUCCCUCUUUUAUAACUUUUUUUUCCUAAAACAAAUUUGUGUGUGAUGUUGAACAAAAUGCCAGAAUGAAGUAAACAGAACAGUACAGAGAAAAUAGUGGGUGAGAAGCUUCAGGAACUAUUGAGACUGUUUAGCGAGUUAGCGGUUAGCUUGCCAGCUAUAGCAGUUCACCAGCGAGCCGUGUGUGUAGUCACGACAUCACAAGCUUCUGGCCCUAGCUAUUUUCUGUGGACGAGUGAAUGUCACUUUGUGGUGUGACUGCUGUUUAGUUCUGUGUCGCAGUUUCUCUUACUUAGAGUGAUCAAUUAACCAUUAGGGUUACAGAUCAAGAAAUGCAAAUUGUUUAGGAUGGAUGAGACUGAUAAAUUACGUACUUUGUCCAAAUAAGCCUCUGCAUAGCAGCACAAUGGAUGGUACCAGCCUGCAGUAUUUGCUGGUAUACUGGCAAAAGUUAUUCAGGAUAGACACAAAACUUUCUGACCACUGUGCCAUCGAGUCUCUUUUCCUCAAGGAUUCCACUUUAAUCAACCAGUAAAUCUGUCCUGAGGACAUUUGAAAGGAAGGAAGGGCUCAGAUUGUUUACUGCGUUAUCGUAUGUAUAAGGGAAUACAUAAGAGAGCUUCAUUUCUGUGAACCCACUAACACACUAUGCUCUGUAUCUACUGGCUGUCAAUUACUAAAUCUUUCAAGUGCCCUUGUUUUUUGUAACUCAGAAUGUAGCUACAGUAUUUAUAAAUUCAUGCACAUCAUUGUGUCCAGAGAAUGUGAUUAAUGUUCACUUGUGUGUUUAUUAUAUGGAAA